AUGAAGGGGUGCAUAUUCAAUAUUGAUGCAGGCUAUUUAGAAGGCUUAUGCCGAGGUUUUAAAUGUGGUAUUUUGAAACAGGCUGAUUACCUUAAUUUGGUUCAGUGCGAAACCCUGGAAGACUUAAAACUGCAUCUCCAAGGUACCGAUUAUGGAACUUUCUUAGCUAACGAACCGAGCCCUCUCGCCGUAUCUACUAUAGAUGACAAGCUUCGUGAAAAGUUAGUCAUUGAGUUCCAACAUAUCCGUAAUCAUUCUGUAGAGCCAAUGUCAACAUUUUUGGAUUUCAUCACCUACAGUUACAUGAUUGAUAACAUAAUCUUAUUGAUCACGGGUACUCUUCACCAGAGACCUAUCUCUGAACUGAUCCCUAAAUGUCACCCACUUGGUUCGUUCGAACAAAUGGAAGCUAUUCAUGUGGCAGCUACACCUGCUGAGCUGUACAAUGCUGUUUUGGUUGAUACACCACUUGCUCCAUUUUUUGUUGACUGUAUCAGCGAGCAAGAUUUGGAUGAGAUGAAUAUUGAGAUCAUUCGUAAUACUCUCUACAAGGCGUAUUUAGAAGCCUUUUAUGAUUUUUGUAAGCAAAUUGGAGGAACUACAGCUGAUGUCAUGUGUGAAAUAUUGGCUUUUGAAGCUGAUCGCCGCGCUAUCAUUAUUACAAUCAACUCUUUUGGAACUGAACUUUCUAAAGAUGAUCGUGCUAAGUUGUAUCCUCGUUGUGGUAAAUUAAACCCUGAUGGAUUGGCAGCAUUAGCACGUGCUGAUGACUAUGAGCAAGUGAAAGCUGUUGCUGAAUAUUAUGCCGAGUAUUCUGCCCUAUUUGAAGGAGCAGGAAGUAAUGUUGGGGACAAGACUUUGGAAGACAAAUUCUUUGAACAUGAAGUGAGUUUAAAUGUUAUGGCCUUUCUGCAACAAUUCCACUUUGGAGUAUUUUACUCAUACUUGAAGCUGAAGGAACAGGAAUGCCGAAACAUUGUUUGGAUCAGUGAAUGUGUUGCACAAAAACACAGGGCCAAAAUUGACAACUACAUUCCUAUAUUCUAA